AUGCUGCGCACACCGGCAUCGAAUAUGCUGCGCAAGGGCCUGGUGCGCAGUGUCCCAGCCGCUGCCUCCCGAGCCUCUUCCACCCACGCGAUUUCCAACCCUACACUCAAGAACAUCGAGAAGAGAUGGGAGGGCAUGCCUCUCCAGGAGCAGGCUGAUCUGUGGAUGGCUCUGCGUGAUCGCAUGAAGGGUAACUGGAAUGAGUUGACCCUGCAGGAGAAGAAGGCCGCAUACUGGAUCGCUUUUGGUCCCCAUGGCCCCCGUGCUGUUGACCCCCCGGGUACCAAUGCUCGCGUUGCCUGGGGCGUUGCCGUCGGUCUUGCUGCCAGCUUUGCCAUCUUCGCUGCCAUUCGAUCUUUUGCCAAGCCUGAACCCCAUACCAUGUCCAAGGAAUAUCAGGAGGCUUCCAAUGAGCUCCUUAUCCAACAAAAAGCCGAUCCCCUUACCGGUAUUACAUCCGAGGGCUACAGUGGCAAGGGCAUGGUCCAGUCUCCUCCGAAGGGCAACUAA